AUGUACGCGAGGCAAAUCGACAGUCAUGAUGAUUUCAACUAUGCUGAAUCAACAAUACCUCAAUAUCCUUUACGAUAUUCUAUUACAGAAAAUCAACCCAUCCAACUGAGAAUCAGUAAAAUAGAUGAUGAUCUUGUAAAACUACCUGAAAUGCCCUCUGAAUUACUCAAACUUCUACAAUCAUCUAAUAAACCUAUGCUGUACUAUCGAUUAAGGGAGCCAUCGAAUUAUUUCCAUGUAAAUGAGACAACCAGUGAAUUGACAACAAAAACUGUACUUGAUUUGGAGGCUUUAUGUCCUAGAUACUGUAAAGAAGAUGGGUUUGACGCUGUACUGACUAUCUAUGUGGAUGUAGUGACAACACAUUUUCAGAUAGUCUGUGUUGUAAAUAUUGAAAUUACAGUGACUGAUUUAGAUGACAAUUCGCCUAUAUUCCCAUCAACUGUACCUAGACCAUAUCUACUGAAAUUAAAAGAAGUCAUCUAUCGUGCUGGUAAACAUGUGAUCUACCAAGUGCAGUGGAUAAAGAUGUUCAACCGAAUCAUGCUAAACUAG